CGGGUAUUUCGUUACGGUUGUUGCGUAGGAAAUGGGUCGCAAGAAGAGGAAGCAACUGAAGCCAUGGUGUUGGUAUUGCAAUCGGGAGUUUGACGACGAGAAGAUUCUAAUCCAACAUCAAAAGGCAAAACACUUCAAAUGUCCUUAUUGUCACAGAAAACUGUUCACCGGUCCUGGUUUGUCGAUUCAUUGCAACCAAGUAAGUCAAGACAUUCGUCAAUAUUCAAAACAUCAGGUUCACAAAGAGAAGCUGGAUAAGAUUCCUAAUGCCUUGCCAAACAGAACAAGCACUGUCAUUGAUAUAUACGGCAUGUCCGGUAUUCCGGAAGUAGAUAUGAUCGAACAUGAAAGACAGAAAUUUGGGUUAGAAGGUGAAGACGAACCACCAGAGAAAAUAGCCAAAGAAGAUGAAAGUGCCCCGUUUUACCCACCACCGCCUAUCCACCCUGCACUGCCUUUCAUGCAGACAUUGUGUCCACCUAUAGCACCUUUCGGACAUAUUGGACUUCACACCCUACCUCCACAUUUGAAUUCAGUACACUAUGUACCACCACCACCGCCUCCUCCUCCUCCUGCAGCUCCCGCUCCUCCUCAGCCAGCUACUCCAAAUGACGAGAAGUCCCCUACAACUACUCCGAAGGCUACUUUUCCUGCCUAUUCAUCUCCAUCGUCUAACGUGAAAGCCAACGUGUCCAAAGUCCCGAAGCCCACGUCUGGAGUUAAUGGAGUAAUCAUCGAGUUAAUUCAUCCCGAUGAAGACUUGUCCCUAGAGGAAUUAAGAGCUGAGUUGCCGCGAUACAAAACUAUUGUUGAGAAUGCAGCAAAAAAGAUUAUACCUCCUCCUAUUCCUAUAACUCUGGGACUAACGACUCCAAGUUUCAUACCUCCACAGCCCACACAGAUUGUGUAUCCUCCGAUUGUGCCUACAGCCUCCGUCCAGAUGCCGUUUGCUUACGCACCUGGAUUUAUCCCUCCGCCUGCUUUCGGCUUGCCGACGAUGCAACCUCAAAUCGCGCCUGCUCCAGGUCAACUUACACCCUGGGCUGGAAUGCCACAGUUACGGUUCUAA